GUUCCAAGCACAACUGACAAACUCACUUGUGUUUAGUCGUUCGGUAUUUACAAUCGUGCCGUAGGACCGCUCUCUAAAAUAUCACAAUGAGGUUACAGGUUUUUUCACUGGCUCUUGUGUUGAGCAUUUCUGUUUCUUUGCAAGGAUCAAUAGCAUCGACAGCGACUGCAGGACCAAUCAUUUCAAAUAAUACAACUCCAGUCCCACUUGAAACCACCGGAGGCACUGAUGGACCAAUGCCAACAUCGGGACCAGCUUGGUGUUUUACCUGCGAUGAAGAAACCGAUAAUGAUGAAUGCAACUAUGCAGCAGAUGGAACAAACAAUAUGGAGUACUGUGAAUCGCAGGGUGAUAUCUGUGUAACCACAAUGAAAUUUAAUGAAAGGGGUAAUGGAUAUCGUAUUGAACACAAAGGAUGUUUAAAUCAUGGAGAGUGUUACGAUAUGCUUUGGGAAGAAAUGUUUGAUCCUGAAUUAAUGAGCUGUCAUGGUGGCGAAAUCGUAACUCCUGGACUCACGUGCAACUAUUGCUGCUCAAUAUUCCAGAUGCCUGCAUGUAAUGAGGAUUUCAUUUGGUAUUUACAAGUCCCAGAAGUGAAUGAAUGGAACGAUGCCCUUGACUUGCCUGGUGCUGCAACCACGCCAACUGCACACAGUGUUGCAGUAAUGCUAAUGACAGUUUUAGCAUCAGCCUUGUACUUUUAAUAAAUUC